AUGGCUCGCAAUCCCUUCAAGUUCGGCACCGACCUCUGGGAUCCGUCCCAUCGGUUCGAAACCUCGUGGAUUCUAUCUCCCUGGGCCCUCUUCUUUUGCCGUGCGCUCAUUUCCCUCUACGCCUUCACAACCCUCAUCUUCGUCCUCGCCUACCAGUGCAUCAACUCGCCCAACCACUGCGGCGCCUCCCAAGCCCAAUUCAGCUACUUCACCUCGCUCACCUACUGGGGCAUAGCCUUUUACUUUUUGUUCGCCGCCAUCCACACCUUCACCUACGCCCGCACCGGCCGCCCCUUGCUCGACCGCUUCCCUCGAUUCUUGCAGGCGCUCCACUCGGCCUUUUACACCACCAUUGUCGUCUACCCUUUUGUCGUCACUAUUGUCUACUGGGCCCGUUUGUUCGACGGCCGUUGGUACAAACUCGCCUAUGAAGGCUGGUCCAACAUCUCGCAGCACGCGCUGAACAGCGUGUUUGCCUUUUUUGAGAUUGUCAUCCCGAGAACCGACACCCCGCCGCCGCUGCACAUCCUGUGGCUGAUUUUUGUGCUGGCGCUGUAUCUGGCGCUGGCCUAUGUGACGGAGGCGACCAAGGGGUUUUACACCUAUGAUUUCUUGGACCCGAAGAAGCAGAAGGCGUGGGUGGUGGUGUAUGUCUUUGGGAUCGCGAUUGGGUGUGUGAUUUUGUUUGGGGUUGCUUGGGCGUUGAUCAGGCUGAGAAAAUGGGUUGCUGAGACGAAACUGGGGAUGGAGGGCAAGUUUGCGGGGGUGAAGAGGGAGAAGGGGUUGGUGGAGAGGGAGAUUGGGGGGAAGGAGGCUAUUGCUUUGAGGGAGGAUGUGUAA